GGUCAGGCUUUUUCCUCUUAUCUUCACCAGAAUCAGAACCACCACAACAGAGUUCCCGGAGAUUCCUGUGUAUUUUUGAAGUAAGUAAUUACUUCUUCUCCAACUCGCUCCAUCAAACUCACUGAGUUGAUGGCGUUACUCAGCCCCCGGUUACAGAUAUUCCUCUUAACUAAGCUCCAUCUCCACUCCAACUCUACUCCUUCCAAAGCCACCAACAAAGCCAGCAGUAAUCUCCUUUUUUCCAUCCCGCGCAAGAGCCAUUGCUGCUGCUCAGCAAUCGCAAUCGACGCGCCAUCUGCCCUGACCGACGUAGCUGGCAUCCGAUGGGGCUCCACCAGUUCUCAGGGCCCGCGCGACGAGAUGGAGGACGAUCUCGUCAUCCGAUCAGACGGCCUCGAGGGAUUCUCAUUCGCUGCAAUUUUCGACGGUCACGCUGGCUUCUCCUCCGUCAAAUUCCUCAGGGAUGAGUUGUACAAGGAGUGUGUGGCUGCGUUACAAGGCGGAUUGCUAUUGAAUGGAGGUGAUUUUAAUGCAGUAAGGAAUGCAUUAGUCGAGGCUUUUGAAAAUGCUGAUAAAAAAUUGUUGAAUUGGCUUGAAAUGAUGGGUGAGGAAGACGCAUCAGGGUCUACAGCUACUGUUAUUUUUAUUGGAAAUGAAAAGCUCUUAAUUUCACAUAUUGGUGACUCAUGUGUGGUUUUGUGUCGGUCUGGGAAAGUAGAGGAGUUAACAUCUUCUCAUAGGCCAUAUGGUAGUAGCAAGGUCUCUCUUGGAGAAAUCAGAAGAAUCAGAGAUGCAGGUGGAUGGAUUGUCAACGGAAGGAUUUGCGGAGACAUAGCUGUAUCCCGUGCCUUUGGUGACAUGCGGUUCAAGACAAAGAAGAAUGAGAUGUUAAAGAAGGGAGUUGAAGAAGGGAGAUGGUCCGAGAAAUUUGUUUCACGUGUACAAUUCAAUGGGGACUUGGUUAUUGCAUCUCCAGAUAUCUUUCAAGUAGCUCUUGGAUCGGGUGCCGAAUUUGUACUCUUAGCAUCUGAUGGAUUAUGGGACUACAUAUCCAGCUCAGAUGCAGUUACUUUUGUUAGGAAUCAACUUCGGGAACAUGGAGAUGUCCAGCUUGCUUGUGAAGCACUGGCAAGAGCAGCGCUGGACCGCCGUUCACAAGAUAAUAUCAGCAUUAUCAUUGCGGACUUAGGGCGGACAGACUGGCAAAAUUUGCCGCUCCAGCGACAAAAUUUUGUGUUUGAGCUAGCCCAAGCAUUAGCUACCGUUGGCAUUGUGUCGCUUGGAAUUUGGGCGACAUCUAUGCUCUCUUUCUGAAUUUCAUUCAGGGCUAUUGGCAGUGUAUAUAUAUAUAUAUAUAUAUCUCAAUAUAGAUUCCCAGAAAAUUUUUGGCUGUGCAACGAAAUAGUUACAUACUGCAUAUAUAUGUAAAUCUCAGUGCCGCUAAUAUAGAAAGUUUCAGAUGAUCUCAAAA